AUGUCUAGUGAAAAACCAAUCCUUUAUUCAUAUUAUAGGUCUUCUUGUAGUUGGAGAGUUCGUACUUGUUUAAACUGGAAAGGAAUUGACUAUGAAUAUUGUCCUGUUAAUUUGCUAAAAGGAGCUCAGAAUAAAGAAGAAUAUUCAGAGAUCAAUCCAUAUGAACUUGUCCCAACUUUAAAAAUUAAUGGUAUUGUAUUAAGUCAAUCAGUUAGAUCUCUAGUUCAAGCAAUCGCAGGCGACAUUCAACCACUUCAAAAUCUUAGGUCUGUAACCUUUAUUGAAAGUAUUGGAGGUAAUAGAGAUGAAUGGAUUAAUUAUUGUAUUGUUCAAGGUUUUGCAGGAGUUGAAAAGCAACUUGCAAAAACGUCUGGUAAAUAUUGUGUUGGCGACGAAGUUACUUUGGCAGAUGUUGUUCUUUUGCCACAGGUUUAUAAUUCUAACAGAUUUGGUAUUGACAUGACAAAAUUUCCUUUAAUCCAACGAAUUGCAAAUGAUUUGUACGAAUUGGAUGCUUUUAAGAAAGCUCAUCCACAAAAUCAAAUCGAUUGCCCUGCUGAAGAGAAAAAUUAA